UCUAACGUACUGGUUCUACUGUCAACACAAACAUAUGAACAUGGAGCAGAAGUCACAUGAUAUGAUCUCCAGCACUACAGAUUUCCAAACAGAUUUCCAAGCAGUGGACGGGGUUGUUCAGUCAUGGAUGAUUGAUUAUUACUUUACCUCGCUGUGUCGGCUCUUUAGAGACAGAUCUGCGGGGAAGUUUCGCAGGACUUUAAACAUAUUUCAGGCAACAGUGGAUGAGCUUGAAUCAUGUUCUGCCAGUCGUGAUCAUUCAUCUCAGAGAACCAUCUGUUGUUUCCUUGCCAGAGUGGUGGACGGCGAAGAACUGAAUGUCCACUAUGAAAAGAAUGAUCAGGUCACCCCCUUGAUGUCAGCGGUGCACGUUUGGGAUUUAUUGGAGGAUUUAGUUUCUGAUUCUACUUUACACACUAAGAUCAGGAAUCUACUGAUUGUUCAGAGUGUUGCCGUGUGUGUAAGAAAUGGGAAUUCACAGAUGGGGAAGGACACACUGCAGUGGCUGGAAGAAGAGACUCAGAUACCAGAGAAACUACAUGGAAAGCUGACCAGCAUUGUGAACAAGAAAGAUGCAUAUGACCAACUUCUCAUGAACUUAACUUACAAUCAGCUCCUGGAGAAAAUUGACAUGUUCCUUGACUCUCAGGAGGAUGCUUCUCAUUUCUUACUUGAGGCAGCAUUAAAAGUGGUUCAGGCACGUCAAGAAAGAUCGGAUCAAGCUUCAUGUGAACAGGACGGUGGCAAGAAGGCGUUGUCCAGCCCGGAGUCAACAAACGAUUCAAAAGAGAAUGACGGCCAAGUGGACCCUUUGGUGGUAAAUAACAGGCAUAAAAAGAAACUUUUGUCAAAACAAGUUGGCCCAUGGAAACCCGAAACAGCAAAGAAAAAACAAAGAAUGCUCAGGAGAAGCUCUGUUUGUGAGGUUACCCAGAGGAGUAGUGUUCCUUCAGUAUUAGAAAGUAAUAUUAGUACAACAAGCCGAAGCAGGAGGAAAUGGACUUCAGAAGAAGAUAAGAAGCUUAAAGCAGGUGUGAGGCAGUAUGGGGUGGGGAAAUGGGCCUCAAUUCUGAUUGAAUUUGAUUUCGAGAAUCGUACCAGUGUCAUGCUAAAGGACAGGUGGAGAACGAUGAAGAAACACAACAUGGUCUAAGUUUCCGAGGACUUGUUUGAAUUUUUCCUGUGUUUCUUUUUAAUUUUUCAAGUUUUAUUUUUUUAAGUACCUUUGGAGUUAUUGCUUGAAAGUUGUCAUAAUUAGCAAGCAGUGCGGUUUAUGUAAAUGUAUUGAGUGGAACAUGUAUAUGCAUGGUCAUGUUUAUAAGGCCUUUUUCCCCCACAGAAUUUUACUUAUGCUUUAUUUUGAGAGAAAAACUAAAGUACAGCGGCAUCACAUUUUGCCCAUUUAUUUGUUGUAAAUAAACUAAGAGCAAAUUGCAGUCUGAUUUGUUUUUGAAUGAUAAAUAUUUGUCCACUAGAGGGCGUAUGUAAGAAAAAGUGAUCUAUGUUUUGCCUUUAAAUUUUGUGAAGAUAUUUGUCAGAAAAACGUGUUCAUUUAAAGCAACAAAGCUGUUCAGACAUAAAGGUUUUGAAAAAAUGUUUUCUGACAUAUUGUUCCUAUGAGGAUUUGUUUAGUAAAACACC